UUCGCUAAAAUUCUAAUUUGUUGAAUUAUCUUAACAUUAUUUAAAGUUGCAAGAGUCAUGGACGUAAUGGAGGAGGUUUCAUCGGGAGGAACCAACAGAGCUUUGAACAAACGAGCCCUUCUUAAAUAUGGCAUGCUUGGUCUCGCUGUAACAGCCAUAGUUGUAACUGUGGCGGUGAUUGAAGCAAAACGUUCAAGUGAUUUAAAAGAUUUACUUGACAGACUACCAGCAGGCGACACUGCGUCUGACUCGUCCCAUCAGGAUGUACCAUUGAAGGGAAAAUAUCAACUAGCAGUAAUAAAGCCAGACAAUCUUCACCAAAAUUGUCAAGGGUCUGACUUUAAGCUGUCUUUUGCCGAUGUGGACUACGCUCUAUUGGGUUACAACAUAUUGAGAGGGUAUCCCCUUGCAACUGGCCAUGAUCCCGGUUUUACGUUACCAAUAUUCAGGGCCGAUUAUUCAUCCGGUGGCCAGACGGCAGAUUGUAGGUAUAGUGUCCCAGAUGGACUUGUGAUAAUUCCUGACGUAUCUUGUAUUACUUCGUUUACGUCCACAACUGUUAGAAACAAAUUUGAGUUUGCAAAAGCUUUGUCAACAUCCGCACACGUUGAAGGAGGUGGCUGGGGUGUAAAGUUUUCUGCCAGUGCUGGUUACAAAAAAUCUUCGUCCGAAAUUGCAAAGGGUGAAAGUGUAUAUAUAAUUUCGACCGCGAAAUGCCAUUACUAUUUCAGUAAAUUAAUAACCGAUGCAGCUCCUCGCUUCGAUGACGUGUUUAUGCAAUGGCUGCAUAAACUGAACAACACACAUUGGAAAGGCGACGGUCGGUCUCAGACAUAUAUUGAUUUUUUAGACAGAUAUGGGACACAUUUUCCAACAGAAGUAACCUUUGGGGCUAGUUACACGUACGAAUAUACAAUGUCGGCGCAGGAUUACCAAACGAAAACCGAAAGCGGUGUAAAUGUUGCUGCAGAGGCUAGUUAUUCGGGACUCUUUAGUAUUGGGGGUGGUUUUAGCUUAGAUUCUUCUCAGAAACAAUCGGCUUCGGAAUUUUCAAAAUCGGUGCAAACAAAAACGAUAACAAUAGGGGCAGCACCGCCGGCAAAUGGGGAUGCAAUGACUUGGGCUUCAGAAGUUAAAACAAGUCCAGUCCCUACCAGUUAUAAAUUAGCGUCAAUUGAGUCACUUUUCACAGACGAAUACAUGAAAACGCUAAACAUUGGUCAUUCUCGUAUUCGAAAGAACAUCGAAAAUCAAAAAUAUAGAUAUUGCCAAUUUCUCCAGGUCACUGGUCAGGUUGAGUCCUGUAGAGAGUUAGCUCCGGGUAUAACACUAGAACGCACAAAGUUGCAAACAACCAACAUGAACACAAGUGUUGUUGUAUCAAUCUCCGACUGCCUUGAACAGUGCUUGCAAAAUGUUAAUUGCGCUGCAAUGUCUUAUUGUGUCACAUGUUCAAGUAACGUCACCGAAUAUAAAACAUGUUACAUGUUUAAAGAAAUUAAUUCUUCAAGAUACAGUGCAUUAAGGACAGAUGACACAUUUGUUUGGCAAAGUUACAUCUUUUCGGAUAAGGUCAACUAUUCCAUAGAAUUUGUUAACACAGCCAUCGUUGGGGUUGCUCGUGGAUUAGAGGAUGAUAACGACAAAAAAGCCAGCAAGUCACGAUGUGAAGAACUAUGUAUGAAUGAUGCUUACUGCGUGGCAUAUAGUCACUGCGACUGUACAGAUAAAGUUUCACGUUGUCAGUUGUACAGUGAAGGACAGGUUAAAGGACUAUACGUCGAAUCAGGCACAAAAACAAGUUUCAUUUCAAGUCGAUUUUACGGACUCCGGACAACAACAAUGUCACCAAAUACAUAAUUCACCUGACAAAGAAAAAAAAGUUAUCAGUAAUUUCAAUGGCUGAGUACUUCUUCACCUGACAAACAAAAUUAAUUAUCAGUAGUUGCAGUGGCCGAUCAAUGUGCGGAAUAAACGGUAUAAAGCAUACAUUUGCAUAAGAAUAUAGCAUGUACUUAAUAUUGUUUUGUGUUGAUUUUAUUUGAGAUUUCUAUCUUCUAAAGUCAAGCAAAUAAAUCUGAAAAUAAACUUCUUCAUGCAUCAUACGUAAAUCGCACAACAGUUUGCGAAAUGUUUAUCUUAUAUUAUGUAAUUUUACUUUAAAUUAAACAUUACAUUAACCUGCUUAUCAACUAAAGAGUACAUUAAUAGUGUUGCAAUCAACGAGGGGUCAAUGUAUGUUUGAAGUUUUUGAUUCAAUAAAAUAACAUGACGGGGAAAAAAACACCUGUCUUCCGUUGAUUUCUAUGGUACGAACGUAUUAUAUUUUUCUUUUUAGCACACAUAUUACAGCUUUCAAAAUAAAAUCUU